GGGAGUCGGCCGCGCGUUCGUUCCGUGUGAAAAAAAUCUUUCGUAAAUCGGAAAAUUGUGUACGUGAUCAUACACAGUGAUAUUACUGUGCUUAUGUGUUCUGUGCUCUGGGGAUCUGUGAAGUGUAUGAGAUUUUAGUUAUAUAGGGUGUUUAUAUAAUACGAUCGCUCCUGGACUAAAUUUGGAAAUGAUCCCAUAACUACGCCUGAGUGGCGUGAUGAGAUUUUGUUAAAUGAACGCUUCGUUUGCUUUAUGAGGCGUCAUGGAGGCAUCAUCGUCGGAUUACAGCGACGAGGAGGUUGGCGUGUUAGCUCGAGGUCAGAAGUUGUGGGUCAGAGGUGUUCGCUCACAUACUACCUGCGCUGACAUUGUUCGAGCUUUGCAAGGCGCCCCUGAAGCAGCAGGAGGUCUAAGCGACCAUGGUGAGUGGGUGUUAGCGGAGCGAUGGCGAGGUGUAGAACGACCACUACCACCAGACGCACCAGUGCUACACGUAUUAGCAGCUUGGGGUGACGCUCGGCAUGAGGUUCGAUUAUCACUUCGUCGAUUGUCAAGCGGAGGGGAAGAUGAUUCAGGGCGCGAUAGCGAUGGUGGCAGUCGAGCCAGAUCUAGAAGGAGGAAGAAGGGAGUGCGUGCUGCUACUCCACCGCCAAGAUCAAAAAGUGAAGAUCCUGCAGCAAAACUGGUGUCUGUUAUACAACACCAGAGUAGAACCAUACACCAACAACUGGAUAAACUAAGAGAACAAGAAAAACUGAUUGAUCAUCUAGAAGAUCAGACACACAAAAAUCGAAUGGAAAAACACGGAACCAAUUAUCUCCUCGAAUCCUACCUUCGGGAUUUAGGAAGAUCCAGUGAACUGAAUGAUAGCCAAGCAGGAAACAGCGAUAGUGGUGUCGGAGUAGGCAGCGGAACACCACCCAGAAGACACACCAAACAUAAGUCCAGAAGAGAAAGACACCUCAUGAGAGAACAUUACUUUACAAAAGAACUCACCGACAUCUGUCAAGUUAACUCAGAAAGACUGAUGCAAACGUCAAACGACACAGAUUCGGAUGCAUCAGCUGAUGAAUUAUCUCGAAUACGAGAAGAGGUUGAACUACUGGAAAAACUCGCAAUAAUCAACAAGAGAUUGCACCGUGAAGAGGAAUUAGUUGUAAGAUUAACGGCUAAAGUUAAAAGAUAUAUGGACGAGAACAAAGCCAAUAGCUGCGAAAACGUAUCCCAAGUCACGAUGCUCAUGAACGAAAUAGAGGAAGAUUUAGCCAAAACAACGAUAGAGAUGCAAGCAAACACAAUGGAGAUAGAAAAAGCGGACAAAGAGAUUGAAUUUAGAAUGAAACUUCUUGACGAAUUGACAAUAGAAUUGGAAAAAGAAGAAUUACAAAAUACAAUAUUAGAAAGACAGUUGCACGAGGCGUCGAGUCGACAACCGAUUAUUCUACAAGAGAGCUACAUACCAGUUUUAGAUCAAAUAAAUUCAACCGAACCGAAUUUCAGUUUCAAUGGUAAUAAUUACGUUUUGGACACUCUAGUAUGACAUAGGAUUAAUGUUUCUGAUUAAAAGUCCCAAAGAUAUGCUUUGAAAUUACCAUAAAUAGCUUCCAGUAAAUAUACAAUCGAGUGAUUACUUCCCAAAAUAAAAUUGACCCAAAAUUUAACUAUAUAAUUUAAGUUACUUUAAGAUAAAAUGGUGCUAAGAUGUUAUAUAGAUUUGUUUAUAUGUACUAUGUAUAGAUAGAUUUAGAUAUUUAUAUAUCGAUUCCGAUGCCAAAAAAUAUAAAACAAAACCACCAAUCACAACAUGUAUAAAUUAGUAAACACUAGUCAAUUCCAUGAUCUAUAUAAAAAUGCUUUCAUCAUAAAAAAUCAACCUAUAGGACUAUUUUGUAAGAACAAAUAGAUACUUACCUUUGUGGUGAGCUUACCCACACGUUGAUGAAAUCUCAGAAACGAUAUGCGACGUUGUCUAUAAUAGUAAUAAAAAUUAAAGGAUAUUGAAAACAACAUAAGUCAGUGUAAUUCUGCGAUUGACGUAAGUCAGUGUAAUUCUGCGAGAAUUCACUGACUGAAUUCAAGUAAUCUCACUCGUGAUAUGUUGACAAAUUUUACAAUUAUCAAUUAUCGCAUAUAACAUUCUGAUAUUUCAAGUUCGUGUUCUGCGAUGAGUUUCGAGUUUCUCCUUACGGAAUACCUCUACAGUUGGCACAUUUUACGAGUGAGCUACGAUGUUAGUUCUUACAGAAAAGCUCUGCUGUUACGAUAUAUGCAAGCGUAAUAUUAUUGUAAAUAUAAUUUCCAUUUUAUUUUUCUAUGGUCGAAUAAAAUAGGAAUACGUUCAAAUAAUUCGUAGAAACUUCGAAAUGCGAAUUUUAUAAAUAAACAAAUUGCAAUAUUCAUGGAUCUCAUGGUAUACAAAUUAUUAUUCUAGCGAUCAUGUCUAUAUUAUAAAACUUGGCCGAUUAUAUUUUCCUUAAUUAAGGUUCCAUUU